AUGUUUAACGCUUUGGUUGAAGUGGCCUUCCAAAAAUCACAGGAGGAUUUAAUCGAAGCAGAGCAGCAGACCCAAUCAAAAUCCAACACGUUAUCAUUCCCCUUCAACCAUCCCCGGCGGCCAAGAACCAAAAGAGAAGAAAUCAUAGUCAAUCCUGUAAUAGAAACCGCCGAUGAUUCGAAAGUCGAAGAUAAAGAAGAUCAAGAAUAUUCCGACAAGAAGGCAAAGAAAAGGAAGUCGUCAAAUAAUCUGAAGAAGAAAAAGGAAGCCAUCGGGAAUGGGCCCCCGAUACCGCCCCCGCUUCCGGAAGAAUUCAAGAAGACGAUCCAAGAAAUCGGGAAAGGGAGAAAUAUAUCCGAGGAGGCGGAGAUGAAGCUGGUUAUCCAAAAGGGAUUGUUCGAAACAGAUUUGGCCGCCGGAAAUAACCGACUAUCAAUCCCUUUCACACGGGUUCGCGAUCACGGAUUCUUGACGGAAGAGGAGGCUCGUUUCCUUACGACACGCGACCGCAAUAACAAGAUGAAGUUCAAAGACGUCACGAUUAUCGAGCCCUCGUUGCGACGGGAGAAAGUGAAGCUGAGCAGAUGGGAUAUGAGAAAGGGUAACGACAAGAAUACGUGUUCCAAUUACGUAAUAAACGGAAAAUGGAGACACAUUGUCGAGAGGAAUCGCCUUGAACCCGGGGAUGUGGUUCAGUUAUGGUCUUUUCGGAUCAAUCAAGAGUUGCAUUUCGCUCUUGUCAAGCUCCCAGCCUUGAGCGGAUCGAAUGGUGUCUCUCAAAUACUCGAAAACAUUAAACCUACCUCUCCGAGUACUAUGAUCGGUAACGUCACACGUGGCGAUGUUCUCGCCAACAUCGUGCCGUAA